AUGCCUCGCCGGCAUCACGCAUCGCUAUCGACCGACACCCCGUCGACGGGUACAACAACCGCAAACGCCGAGAAGGUCUCAUGGCCAUCGACCUUUACAGACGGUCAGCCGCUUCCUAAGAUAUUCGUCUUCGAUCUCGACUACACGCUAUGGCCCUUCUGGGUGGACACGCACGUAGCAGGCCCGCUCAAGGCGGUGGAGGGCGGUUUGAAGAAAAACAUCCUCAUCGCCGCCGCCUCCCGCACGUCCGCCCCCGAUCUCGGUCGUGAAAUGCUCAAGCUUCUCAGAAUCCCUCGUACAUCAGGGUCGUCGCGCUCAGCCAUCGAAUACUUUGAUCAUCUUCAGAUAUACCCCGGUAGCAAGACGACGCAUUUUCAGCGAAUACACAGGGACAGCGGGAUCGAAUACGAGGACAUGCUCUUCUUCGACGACGAGAGUAGGAACAAGAACGUAGAGGUGCUAGGCGUGACAAUGCAGCUCAUAAAAGACGGCGUUACUAGGGAUGAAAUCGAUAGGGGCGUGCAGGCCUGGAGAAAGAGACAUGGAAAGACAAAGGCUACGGACAGUUGA